CAUUGGCCGCAAACCAAAUGGUCUCCUUCACAGUUCUCGAAGCACACCACCUCUUCCCUUCUCUUCUCCACAGUAAACCACAACCACCACCGUUUUCUCGGUGUUUCUGUCAUUUUCUACCCACUUUCUCGCCUCCCAAACACAGUCUCCACCCGAAAUUCUCCAAAUUCCUCGUCCAUAGAGCUCGUCUUUGCAGUGUCCACGCAUGUUUGCCUCAAACUCAUGACGGGAUUGAGCGUAAGGACGUUCACAGGAAGGAGAAGAGACGAACAUGUUCUAAAGUUUCUUCUUCAAGGUCUUUGAAUGAGAGAAAAGGUGAGAAUUUUGCUCAAACCCAUUACAGAACAAAGGGUAAGGAUAAACAAAACGCUGAAACAAAGACUGGAAAGGAUAAUGGCCGAGCAAGAAAUCUCGCACCAGCGGAAUUCAAGGUUUCGGUUGAGGAAAGAUCUUGUCUUUGCUCUAAAGAUGAGGAAUUUUCUGUUCAGGAAUCAAGAAAUGAUGUCAUGGCAGAGGUUAAUGAAGAAAUAGAGAAAACCCCUGAAACGAGAGGAGAGAGAGGUAAGAGUAAGAAGGUGGAGGAAUGGGAAACUAAGUUUAGAGCUGAAUUGGAUAUGUGUUCGAAGAUAGGUGAUGUAAUGGGUGCUAUUAAAUUGUACGACAAGGCUCAAAGAGAAGGAAUCAGAUUGAAACAGUACCAUUACACUGUUAUACUGUAUCUCUGUGCUUCUGCGGCUUCAGGUGUUGUUUGUCGUGCUAAAAGUGGAAGAGGUGUCCGAGUUUUGAAUUUCACAGGCGACUCAGGCAGUGUUUCUAUGGGGAAAAAGAAAGAAAAACAUGAUAAUUUCGUCAACAAUGGAGAUUUCGAUGAGACAAGAUUCGUUUCAGGUGCAGAAUCUGUGAAUUUGGAUGGUGGUUUUGCUGAAAAGGAAGAAGAUUUGUUUACCCGUUGCCAAGAAGAGAAUGAAUUCGUGGUGAGCGAAGAGAUCAAGACGUAUGCUCGCCAAAGAGGUUUGGAGAUAUAUGGAAAACUAAACUCAGAUAAUAUCCCGAUGAACGAGGCAUCAUUGACAUCUGUUGCUAGAAUGGCUGCAGCAACGGGUGAUGGUGAUAUGGCCUUCGAGAUGGUGAAGCGAAUGAAAUCAACGGGGAUAAACCCUAGACUGCGUUCUUAUGCCCCUGCAUUAUCUGUGUUCUGCAAUGGUGGAGACGUUGAGAAGGCGUUAAUGGUCGAAAAGGACAUGUUAUGUAACGGUGUUUACCCUGAGGAGCCUGAGCUAGAGGCAUUUUUGAGGGUCUGCAUUGAAGCGGGUAGGAGCGAUAAAGUGUAUUACCUGUUGCACAAGUUAAGAACAACCGUUAGAAGUGUCUCGCAAUCCACCGCAGGCACGAUUAGGAAGUGGUUUGAGAGUAGAAUGGCAUCAAGAGUAGGGAAGAGGAAAUGGGACCCGCGAAAAGUAGAGGAAGCGGCAAAAAAUGGAGGUGGAGGUUGGCAUGGACAUGGUUGGCUUGGUACCGGAAAAUGGGCGGUGUCAGAUACAAUAAUUGGAGAUGAUGGGUUUUGUAAACGGUGCGGGGAAAAGCUCUCGAUAAUCGAUCUUGAUCCCACCGAAACAGAGAAUUUUGCUCAGUCUGUUGCUUCUUUAGCUAGGAAAAGAGAUAAAAACUCAAACUUUCAAAGAUUUCAGAAAUGGUUGGAUUACUAUGGGCCUUUUCAGGCUGUGAUCGAUGCUGCUAAUGUCGGUCUUUACAGCCAGAAGAGGUUCGUGCCCUCAAAGGUGAAUGCUGUUGUGAAUGGAAUUAGACAAAUGCUUCCUUCUAGGAAAUGGCCGCUCGUCGUUCUGCAUAACAGAAGAGUUGUGGAGACUAAGAAGGAGAAACCUUCCAAUAAGGCGAUGUUCGAGAAGUGGCAAAAUGCAGAUGCUUUGUAUUCAACUCCAUCCGGAUCCAACGAUGAUUGGUAUUGGUUAUACGCAGCUAUAAAGUUCAGGUGUUUGAUCGUAACAAACGAUGAAAUGCGAGACCAUACGUUCCAGCUUCUGGGCAACGACUUCUUCCCCAAGUGGAAAGAAAGGCAUCAAGUGCACUUCAGCUUUUCUGAGGCUGGACCUGUGUUCCACAUGCCACCGCCUUAUUCUGUCAUGAUUCAGGAAUCGGUGAGAGGUCACUGGCAUAUUCCUAUCAACCCGGUUGAUGAUCUUGACGAAGACGUGAAAUGGUUAUGCAUUGUACGUAGAAACUCACUUGUAUCAUCAGGGCAACCUUCUCCAUUGGGACAAGAAGAUUUGCAGGAUGAUAAUAGGAAGAUCGGAUCGAUCGAGCCAGCUGAAGUAAAGAUCGAGAAAAGAGAGCUCGAAACCCUAGAACUGUAUCAAAGCCUGAGAAGCAUUGUUUCUGGAUCAGAGACCUCAUCGGAUAAUCACAGCUCGGUUUUACCCGAACUCGAAGCUGCCGAGAAGCUCGCCGCCUGUGUAUUACAUUUCGAUAUUUGAAGACUUCGGAACAAUGAAACAAAACGCUCGAGGCAGGAAACGUCCCUGAAUCCACGGAGAAUGACCCGAAAACCACCGUUGAUUCUUGGGAGAAAAACCCUUUUCACUGCCACAAGAUUUUCGCCGGAAAUCUCGAAACCUUGAGGUAUGAUAUCUUCAUUCUCUGCUGAUUUGACCCGAAAACCGCAACGUAGGAACGAAACCCAGAUGAGAAAACUAUGGGACUGUACGGUGUAGGGUGAAGAAGCUCUGUAACGGCUUUCAUCUUCUUUAGUUGAAGAUAUACGCCAUUGAUAGACUUUCUAGUUUCUCCUCUGUCCCAAGAAACAAAGACAAUGAAUGAGUUACCCGGUUUAGAAAAAUCAUACCGGUUUGGUUUAUGUAUCGAAUCGAUUAUAUAUCGUUCUGUUAAGAUCGGUUCGGUUUUGUACAAGUGAACCGAAAUGGCCUCCUCUAUUAUUACAAUUUACACUUGUCAA